AUGGUUAUUGGAAAUGCUAAUGCUAUUGAUUAGAUUGCAUAAUCUAAUCAAUCUGAUUAAGCAUAAUUGCUUAUUGAUUCUUAUAUAGUAAUAUUAUAAAGAAAUAUAGUUCAGAUAAGAUUUGGUACUUGUGGAAUUAAAAGAAAAGAUUACAUGAAAUAUGCAGUCAAAAAUAUAUAGAGAAUUUUUUUAAAGGAAAUUAUGGAUUAUUGUUAAUAAGUACUAAAUAAUGAAGUAAACAAUUGUAAAUAUAAUAAAAUUAAUAUAUUUAUUUAGAUGAUGAGGAAUUCAAUAAUUAUGUUGAGAUUGUUAAGUAAUAUACAAAAUUGGAAGAUAAUAAUUUGAUAUACAAGUUAUUACCAAUUAUAGAUAAAUUAUUGAAUCAUCGCAAAGUGUCUUAAAAGUUGUUUUAUUAUACAAAUAUUUAGUUAUUUACUCCAAUUAAAUAUAGAAAUUAAGAAUUUGAAAUUAAUAUAAUAUGAAUUAGAUGAGACUGUGUAUCAAUUUACACAAUCAUUAACAUCUUUAUAAUUAGUGUAAUUUAUCAAAGGAGUAGAGCGAUUACAGAAUUUUAAUAGAUCUCUAUUAUUUUGA